AUGACCAUAUAUAGAGUUGGGGAUCUGCAAAGAUACCUCGCCAACGGGGAAUAUCCGGAACUAAAAGACUACCCCCUGUUUGAAAGCAAUUUUGUACAGGUCACGAGAUCAGGGGAGGUGGCCAACAGGGUCACCAUGGCUAUGGCUGCCAGCAGUCCAAGCUUGGAGCUUCCUGAUCUCAUGUUGCUCGCAGUACCGGUGCCAUACCCAACAGAGGAGUGCAUGUGUGAGAAUCCAACGGCCAAGUUUGUCCCUAGAGAGCAGCUGCGACUUACCCAGCUCCUGCCCUUGAAGUUUGUCAAGAUCUAUGUCCAUGAUGAGAGCCGCUACCAGUUUAAAGUCAAGCUUGUCAGCGGCCGUAUCUUCUACCUCCAACUUCUUGCCCAUCCUAAAAAGGUGGACUACAUCUUCGGGCAAUGGGUUCAACUAAUCUACCGCCUGCACUUUUAUCGAAUGGAUGCCCCCAUAUGUUAUCUGCAGGUGUUCCCAGGUUAUAAUCCGGUGUACACAAGGGUCACCGUACCUGCUAGUUCCAGGAGAGUGUCAUAG